AUGCCUCCUCCUAAUAUCAAGCGGUUAGUUUUGACUGCUGCGGUCGUGUCUAUUACUAUUACAGGCACUCUCUAUGGGGCUGGCAUUAAAACAAAGGAAGAAAUUGCUGAGACAGCAAAGAAACGGCAAGAAUCGACGUUUGAUGAACAAACCAAAGCCCUCCAGAAUAUGCGCUCCAACUUGGUCGCCCGGAGAGGCAUAAUCGAGAACCAGAUACGAGACUUGGAUGCAAGGGUGUUGGAGAAACAACAGAAAGGCAUCGGUGGUAGUGAUAAAGAUCAACCGAGUGGAGGACGAUGA